AUGUCGACAGAUACAAUUGUCCCCCAAACAUCCCAUGUUGAGAGACAUGGCUACCUUUUUGGGCACCCAAUCGCACAUUCCAUGUCUCCCCUGCUCCACCAAACCGUAUAUGACGGAUUAGGGCUGAAAUGGUCCCAAUUUCCCCUAGACUCUCUUGACAUGGAUCUUUUCCUGAGGCUAAGGGAAGAUCCAAAGUUCUACGGUGCAUCAAUAACAAUGCCGCACAAACUCGCAAUUCUAAAGCACUUAGACGGCCUUACUCCCGAGGGCGCUGCAGUCGGCGCCGUUAACACUAUGUUCCUUCGAGAAGACUGCAGUACUGGGAAGCGGCUCUACAUAGGCACGAAUACAGACGUUAUUGGCAUUCGGGACUCUUUUUACGAGAACAUUUCGGAUCCGGAUGCGUGCUUUCACCGACGACCUGGGCUGGUAAUCGGAGGCGGUGGCGCAGCUCGAAGCGCAGUAUACGCAUUACGAACAAUGAUGAAAGCAAGCAAGAUUUACCUUGUAAACCGGAACCGAAGCGAAGUCAAAGCCGUUAUCGACGAAUGUACGGCACGAGGUUAUGGAGAUUCCUUAGUUGAUGUGUCAACUGUAGCACAAGCUCAGCAGCUAGAAGGCCCAGGAGCUAUUGUUGCUUGUGUGCCGAAUUUCACUCCUAAGACUGAAGACGAGAAAGAGGCGAGAAAAGUAUUUGAAUGUCUUCUAGGUAAAGACCAUAAAGGGGCGAUUUUAGAAAUGUGUUACCAUCCUUCGCCGUGGACUGAGAUUGCGGAGAUUAGCCAGAGGAUGGGGUGGAGGGUUAUCAUGGGAACAGAGGCGAUGAUAUAUCAGGGGUUGGAGCAGGACAAGUAUUGGACAGGAAGGGGCAUCCAUGAAAUGCCUGUGAAGAAGUGUCAUCAGGUAAUAGCAGCAAAACUCAGUGAGGCAAGGUUGUAG